AUGAAAGAGUUCUACGAAGAGAACAUCCGGCAACUCGAAGACGAACAUCGACAAGAGGUUCAGAAGCUCAAAAACCAGAAUUCUCGUUUGUUGGCGGCACUGCAGGACAAAAACAAGUACCUCAGACAGGCCAAGAAGGACGCCAAAGCUAGGAAAGCGACCCCAUCGCAUCCUGAAACACUGCAGACGGCCGAUAACGAAGAGCUGGUUCUCGGUUUCAAGAAGGAGAUGGAAAGACUCGCCCAGGAGAACACCGAACUGAGGAGGCAGAGAGAGCAGGAGCAAGACCGGUACGAAGAGACACUUCGCUGUCUGAAGAGUGAGAUGCAGAUCUUGGUUGACGACAAUCACAGAGCGAAGAGAGAAACGGAGGACCGGCAAAGUGGUCUCGUGGAUGAACUGAGUCGUCUCCAAGAAGGAAAUGAGGAAAAAGAUAAGAAGAUCGACCUCCUUGAGAAGAAACUGCAUCUCCUCCAAGACGACAAUGGCCGACAUCUGGAAAAGAAACAACGGGAGGAGACUCAGGCUCUCGAGAACAAGUGCUCCCGUUUGUUGAAGGCGAUCCAGGACAAAAACACCUACCUGAGAAAGGCUAAGAAGGACAUUCAGAAAUUGAAGAGAGAAAUUGACGAGAAGCAAGUUGUUCUCAUGGAGGAGCUAAAUCGUCUUCAGAUUGAAAACAGGGAAAAGGAAAUGAAACUUGAUAUCCUUCUGAAUCUUCUCCAGAAUGGAGACGAUGAAAAGGAGAUGAAGAUUGAUCUCCUUGAGAAGGAAAUGAAUCGUCUCCAGAGUGGCAAUGAUGAAAAGGAGAUGAAGAUUGAUCUCCUUGAGAAGGAAAUGAAUCGUCUCGAGAGUGGCAAUGAUGAAAAGGAGAUGAAGAUUGAUCUCCUUGAGAAGGAAAGGAAUCGUCUUCAGAGUGGUAAUGAUGAAAAGGAGAUGAAGAUUGAUCUCCUUGAGAAAGAAUUGAGUCGUCUCCAGAAUGGAAACGACGAAAAGGAGAUGAAGAUUGCUCUCCUUGAAAAUGAGAAGAUGGAGGAAUGCAGAAAAGUGGUGCUUCUGGAAGCAACUGUAGCAAAUCUGGAGCACCACUUAGAGACACUGGUGAGGAGCAUGCAGACGCAGGAUAGAGAAGGCAUAGCCAUGGAAGAAGAAAUAUUUGGCCUGAAAGAAGACGUAGCGAGAUUGGAGGAAGAAAAGAGGCAACUGGAGAGCUCUCUGGCCUCAUCUCGUUUGGAAUUGGACAAACUAUUGACCCAGUGGAAAGGUCCAACUGCCAAUCCCAAUGAAGAGGAGGAGGAAGAGGACAAAGAACCUGCCAGUACAGCCAAGGAGGACCAAGAAGGAGCUAAUAUUGAAAAAGGCAAACCACUAUAUAGAAGACUGUUGGGCGAAAUAAGAAAUUUGAAAGGAGGACAGAAGCUACUCAGGAAACAGUUGCUCGAAGGGCAGAAAAAAUACGAGAAACUGGAAAGUAUUGUACUCAGCCUCCAAAACAAAGGAGUAAAGAGAAGGGACUGGUUCCAAAAGAUGAUUGAUAGUUUCUCAAGCUGCGAGAGCAAAAGUAGAAGAUUAAACAAGCUCCCUAGGCCUGAUAGUAUAUCCUGCGAAUGCGGACCCACUUGUGAAGGUCUAAGUAUUUUGACAGAAGCCAACUUUGAAGAAUGGCUCAGAGCACAAAACAUUGAGAUUGAGCACACAAUAAUGGCGAGGGAAGGAGACAUUUUCUUUAUGGUGAAGAAGAGGCGAGAAGGACCUGACCUGAGAAAAAGGCAAGAAAAAGAGAUGAGAGACAAAAUACUUAAAGACAAGUUAAUGGUGAAAGGUAGAGAGAAGAUGAAAAAGAGGUUUAGAGAGAUGGAGGAGAGUCUUGAAGAGAAGAUACAGAAGAUAAUUAAAGAGGAGAUUGAGAAAGUAAACAGAGAGGUGAUUGAGAAGAUGAUUAAAGAGAAGAUCCAAGAGAUGUUUCCAGAGCCACAGAAAGAUGACAUAGAGGAUGUACCCGACAAGAAUAUAGAUGAAACACUUCAGGAGACACAAGUGGUACCUGGCAAGGAGAUAGAUGAGAUGCCUAAACAUGAUGUAGAGGUACCGGGCAAGGAGAUGGAAAUAAUGACGGAGAAGAAGAGAAAGCAGAAGAAGAAAAAGGAGAUACUUAGGAAGAUAUGGAAGAUACUGAAAAUGCAGUGGAAGAGACUGAAGAUGUGUAGGAACAUAAGAAACAGACAGAGGGAGGAGGAGGGUGAAAGGAGGGCAGAAUUCAAGAGGAAAUUAGCACUUGAGAAGCUCCUAAAAAAAUAUCGACCCUCAAGGAUUGAAAGGAAAGGUAAAAAACAAGUGCAGACUACUCAGCUGCAGGCACUCAAGAAUGGACGGUGGGCAACUUCUCAAUGA